AUGGAUAGAGGUGAGAAUGGUGGAUUGACAACGAACAAGGGAGGCUACGGAUAUUUUACUGAGGAAGAGAUUUUGGAACACAAUAAAGCAGACGACAAAUGGAUUCAAAUAGGAGGGAAGGUUUACAACAUAACUCAUUUCGCCAAGAAACAUCCAGGCGGUGCCAAAAUAAUCAGUCACUAUUCUGGUCAAGAUGCAACGGAUGCUUGGGUGGCAUUCCAUGAUGAUAAAGAUCUGGUUCAGAAAUACCUGAAACCUUUAUUAAUUGGAGAAGUGAAGAACCUGAACGAGAGUGAAUUAGAGAAAGAUUAUAGAUCAUUACGACAGAAGCUAGAAAAGAUGGGAAUGUUUAAAACUAAUCCAGUGUUUUACCUUGCACAGAUUAUUAGUAUUUUCUUAAUGGAAGCUUUAGCUGUCUGGAUGUUCUGGUCUUAUGGUGUUAACUGGAAGACCUUUCUACUAUCUGCUUUAUUAAUGUGUACUGCUCAGGCUCAAUGGGGCUGGACCCAGCAUGAUUAUGGUCAUCUGUCAGUAUUUAAAAGUCGAAGAGUCAAUCAUUGGGCUCACUAUUUUACUAUUAGUAUUAUGAAGGGAGCCUCUUCUCAUUGGUGGAAUUUCCGUCAUUUUCAACACCACGCAAAACCUAACGUGAUCAAAAAAGAUCCUGAUGUUCAGUUAGCGUAUUUAUUUUUAAUGGGAGAUAAAAUGCCAGUAGAAUGGGGUGAGAAGAAACGUGGUAAAAUGCCCUACCAACUACAACAUCACUAUUUCUUUUUGAUUGGACCUCCUCUACUUCUUCCACUGUAUUUUCAUUUUGAAAAUGUUUAUUUCAUGGUGAAACGAAAAGAUUGGUUGGAUCUUUUUUUUACGUUUGUGUUUUUUUACCGGCUUCACAUCAUGUUUACUCCAUAUCUUGGUGGAUUGGGAACUUUCGCCUUUUACAUGUUCUUCAGGUUUUUAGAAAGUCAUUGGUUUGUCUGGGUGACUCAAAUGAAUCAUAUACCCAAUGAAAUAGAUCGAGAUCAGAAUAAAGAAUGGUUUAAACUUCAGUUGGGUUCAACUUCUAACGUACAAGCUGGUUGGUUCAAUAACUGGUUCACUGGACAUCUUAACUUUCAAAUAGAACAUCAUUUAUUUCCUACGAUGCCAAGACAUAAUUACGAGAAAGUUCAACCUCUGGUGAAAUCAUUGGCUAAAAAACAUGGAGUAGAAUAUCUAGAUAAACCAUUAUUAACAUCAUUCGCUGAUAUCAUCAGAUCAUUAAAGAAAUCUGGACGUUUAUGGUUCGAUGCUUAUUAUGAUGUGUAG